GAAAGCCGCUCGAGCUGAAAGUUGAUUGGUGAUUUGGGGCUGUGCAUGGCAGUCUUGAAAAAAUGAAGUCUUCAGAAAUGGGUAAGUCCAUGAUACAGACAGACAGGUGUGGCCCCGCAGAGUGAAGACCAGGAGGAUGGCAUACAGUGUGGACUUCAAUCUGAGACCUAUAAUGGAGCUUGAAUUAGAGAGUCUUAGGGGUGAUGAUACGGCCCAGGACUCUAUGAAGGGAACAGGUCUGGAGAGUGGCAGUCGUGAAACCCUGGAAAUGGAGGUCCUUACAACAGAAGGCAGAGAUAGGCUGGCCAGCCAGAUGAGUGAUGUCAGAGAGCGGGCAGAUGAGAGGAGUGAGGAAUCCAUACAGACCAACCUUCUGGUCAGGAAGCGCUGGUCUACCACCACCCUGAGGGUCCUGUCCUCCAUGCCCAGUCGCAGCAUCGGGCAGCAGAGUCGUCUUGAAAUCAUCUCCCAGUGCAACAUCCGUUCUACUCAGCUGCGCAGGUACCACCGCCAGACCCAAGACGUUUCCCUCUCCUCCAGACCUAGUAUCCGUGGCUAUGGGAUCGAGGCAGACUCUGAGGAUGUCUGUGAGGAAGAGACCAAGAGACAGGAGCUGGUCAACAAUCUUCAGAGUCUGUCGGCCGGUGACCGUGUGCGUCUGCUGCGUGCCACGCCCCUUAGUCUGGCUGAGAAGACUAAACUGAGGAAACUUGUAUUCAGUGACAAAGUUGGACAGUCCCUCUUGAGCAGCCAGGUUCCCUGCUGUAGCCUCCUUAAGCGAGCUUUGUGUCACAUCUGGUUCGGAUGUCUCUUCAUCCUCAGUUCCCUGCAGUUGUGGCAGGUGGCUUUGAAGAGGCUGGGUGGCCGCUUUGGCACUGGUGUGCUCUCCUACUUUCUCUUCAUCAGGACUCUUCUGCUCUUCAACGUCUUUCUCUUCCUCAUCAACGGUCUGUUCCUGGUCCUCCCCCAGGCCAUCUACCCGCCCCUUCACACCCCCAGCUCCCACAGAGUCACAGGCCUGGAGCUGUUCACCGGCACAGGUUAUCUCUCGAACUCUCUAAUGUUUUAUGGCUACUACACCAACUCCACCAUCAACACCAGUUGUAGACCAGAUGAAGCCACCGCUGGGACUGGCUGCGGUACCACCAGUGACCCUCACAUGAUGGCCUACAACAUUCCCUUAGCCUACUGCUUCACCAUCGGCAUAACAUUCUUUAUCACCGGCAUCGUCCUCGUUUACAGCAUGUCCAAGUCCUUUGGGAGGAGUUUCCGUGUGUUCAAGUCUCAGGGAAACAUGGCCAUAAAGGUCUUCUGCUCCUGGGAUUUCAAAGUCAGCAAGAAGAUGUCUGUCAGGAUGCAGUCGGAGAACAUCACCACCCAGCUCAAGGAGCUGUUAUCAGAGGUGAAAGGCGGAGAGGAGGAGAAGGGCAGGCUGUCUGGGAUGGCGGUGCACCUGCUAGCAUGGAGCAUUUCUCUGGGGAGCACCUUCUUCUGUGCACUCGGCAUCCACUGCUUUGCCAAGUACAUGCACCUGAGGAGACUUGAGGAUGCAGAGGGGGAGGUCAGUGUGCUGCAUGAGGCUCGUCUGCUGGCUCUGCCUGGGGUUGUGUCCUGUGGGAACCUCCUCCUCCCUGGUCUCUUCAACCUCGUGUCUUGGAUGGAGAACUUCAACUCGCCCAUUGUACGUCUCUAUGUUUCCAUCUUCAGGAACCUACUGCUGAAGGUGAGCAUUCUUGGUGUACUGUGCUACCAUUGGCUGGGGAAAAUUGCAGCUGAACCAGAGCAACAUGGUCUGCAGUGCUGGGAGAGCUUUGUUGGUCAGGAGCUGUAUCGUUUCCUGCUCGUGGAUUUCAUAUUCACGGCUCUCUACACAGUCUUCGGAGAAUUUAUUUGGAAGCGGUUUUCUCAAGGAGUGCUGAGGAGAAGGAGGAAGCCAGUGUUUGAUAUCGCCCGUAACGUACUCGAGCUCAUCUAUGGGCAAACCCUCACCUGGCUAGGCUUGCUCUUCACUCCUUUACUGCCAGCUGUGCAGAUCCUCAAGCUGUUGUUGUUGUUCCAUAUGAAAAAGAGCAGUCUACUGGUGAACUGCCAGGCAUCCAGGAAGCCGUGGAGAGCCAGUCAGAUGAGCACCCUCUUCAUCUCUCUGCUGUGUUUCCCCUCUUUCCUCGGGGCCAUCGUGUCUGUGACCUACACCAUAUUGACGAUUAAGCCCUCCUCUGGCUGUGGUCCUUUCAGGAACCUCCCCUUCAUGUUCCACUCAGGCAAACAGUGGGCCCAGGAGCUGAAGAGUACCAACCACAAGCUGGCCUGGCUCAACUGGGUACACCACUGCUUGGUGGAGAACCCCCUCUUCCUGUUCCUGUUGGCAGGUGUCUUUCUAAUGGUCAUUUACAUUCACACCCAAGUUUUAGACGGCCAAAGGAAAACAAUCAGUCUGCUACAGAAGCAAAUAGAAAAUGAGGGGAAGGACAAGAAGUUCUUAAUUACUAGUCUGCAGGCCAUCCAUGAGAAGAGGCAGUAUCCACUGUCCCCUUCCUCCAGGCCACAGGGCAGUGAGGUUUAAUAUGUUUUAGUGGAAGAUUAAAUUAUUCCAGAGUAUUCAUUGGAUGCUGCAUGUUAAAUUUUCGACUCUCAUCACAUCAAGGAUAUUUGGCUGCUAUCAACCAGUUAAAGUGAACUCAAAGUGGAGUAAUGUGUGUGGUGAAGGACAUUGAGACAUUUCUUGUAGAAUGUAACUAUGACUGAUAUGUGUUCAAGACUAUUGGAAUGUAAAGUAACUGAGACUGAUAUAUAUUCAAGACCAUCCGAGGUGUGUUUUAUACUAGUAUGGUAGUAUAACUGUUUAAUUUGCCUUUUGUUAAUAUAUAUUUAUUGUAUCUAGGCUGCCUGUCACCGCUUUCAAGCUUCAAUGUAUACUGAACAAAAAUAUAAACGCAACAUGCAACGAUUUUACUGAGUUACUGUUUGUCAUGACGUUGCAGUCUUUGGGUACAGCGAGCACCCCUCCCUCUGCACCAGCCCUUUUCUAUGCACCAUCCCCCUACCCCCCUGUCUCCUACACCCAGGCUGCUGUGGUCAGAGAGAGGUUGUAAAUUCCUGGAGGAGAUUAUCUCCUCAUGGCCACAGUAUAAAGACAGAGUGAGUUUUCAUAGAGAGAACAAAGGAAUUUCUUCCACCUCACAGAACUUGAGGUCCGAACAACAUUUAUGUUCUGGAGAACGUAUAAAAGAUCGGUGAAGAAUCCAACUAUGAAUUGGUCCGUUUGGUACAAUUUUGUGAAACUCAUGGGAGACAAUACGGCCACAUUACCAUAGCGCUGUUUAUAUAAUAGCCUCAGUUAUGAGGCUUGCAUCUAAUUGCUGUACAGGAUGAAUGAGGAAAGAUUAAACUAUUUGUGGGAUGCUAUGUAAUGUGAGAGAAUUGUAUUUCUGUUUAAAGUUUCACUUAAGUCACUGCACGCCCCCAUGAACACAGUUGGGACCUGGCAUCAUGAGACAGCCUUUUUCUGCUCUUCCGAAUAAAACCCCCUCCUUGAGAAUUCUCAACAAACCCUAUUUCUCUAACUUACGAGAGGACAAAGGUUGCAGACCAGUUUACCUCGAUAACGAGAGGGCCAAGGUUUGAGACCAGACUGCUGAAUCUUUUAACCAUCCCACGUCAUUAAACUCAUAGACUAUCGAUACCGACAGAAUAAGAACACGUCUUUGAUAUUAAUUACUAGUCUGCAGCUAGGAAAUCGGUAUCAUUGAACACGAAGACCGACAACCGCCGAAACAUCUGCCCUAUAACGACAUGAAUGUCACUCUGAACUAUCCAUUCUAACCACAACAGAGAGAGAGAAGGCGGACAUACUCUCCAACAGAAACAAACUUUUUAACAGAGAUCAAGACGACACACUGAGCGUAAAUAUAUAUAUUGAUUGCAAUUGUUCCCGAAUAAGUGAGCGUUCAUGUGCAAAGGAUUAGCAUUUCAAUUGUUAUAAUAUUUAACUUUGUAGUCUCUCGUCUCAGUUGACCCCCACUUUCCUUUUUGUCCACCAAGCUGCAAUACCGGUUUAUCCCACUAGGGAACCUCCGUUAUUUCCUUGUAACUAUCUACUGUUUGUUUAUGCAUUUCUGUGAAUUACUUAGUAAAUAAAUAUUUUAAGACAA